AUGGCUACCAAAAAGCCAGAGACUGUCCAUCAAAAAACCUUCGAAAAGUGGCCUUUCAAGGAAGAGUUCAGAGUUUUGGCAACUGACAGUGAUGGUAAUAUCACUAAACUGCAGUGCAAAAUAUGUGCGGACAACUUGGCAGCUAUCAGGGCAGAGGCGGCAAGGCGAAAUGUGAAAGGUGCAGCGUUUAAUGGCAUUGUGAACCUGGCAGACGGUGUUGAGUGCGUCCACCGAGGAAACUUAUCUCGUCAUAUCAAACCUGGUGGACUGCAUGACUGGGCCAAGCAAAGAUUUGGCAAAUCACCCGUGGCAUCAACGAGCAGUGCUCCACAGGCAGGGCCUCCCAGUGGAUCUGGUCAACGCCGCAUUGAUAUUCUUAUCGACCAAACUUCAAGCACAGCAUAUAGGCACCUAUUCAACACCGCCCUUUGCAUUGUCCGGCAUGAAAGGCCGUUUUCUGACUUUCGUAGUCUUGUUACGCUACAGCGCAAGAAUGGAAUCAAACUGUUAAGCGGAAAAGACACUGACAAAUGUUGUCGCCAGUUCGUUUCUAUAAUGGCCGCAAUACUCCGACAGGACAUUGCAAAAAUGCUGCUCCGCUCCAACUUCUUCUCGGGCCUUAUGGACGGCUCCCAGGCCAGGAAGACGGGUUCAGAAAAGGAGCUAAUCUAUGCAAAAAUUGCAGUGAACGGAUGCACUGUAGAGCUCCUUGUAAAGUGCCAGGAUAUGGCCGAGAUCGGAGGGGAAGAUGCUCGAAGUUUAAAGCAGGCCUACGAUCAGGCAUUUUUGGAUUCCUGUGAGGUGCCGAAGGAAAGGCAUGACAAACUGAUGGUGAGCAUCUGCACUGACGGCGCCAGUGUAAACAUGGGGAAAUAUAAUGGCGCAUGUACCCAACUGAAGGCUGAACGAGAGUGGCUGCUCGUGGUACAUUGUUCAAACCAUCGUCUGGAGUUGGCCAUUAAAGAUGCCUUUGCCUCUGACAAAUCGUUCGAAGAAGUGGACGAAAUCAUGACACAAAUGUAUUAUCACUUCAGAAACAGUGGCAAAGCCAAACGAAUAUUCACAGCGACAGCAAUCGCAUUGGGCGUUACUUGCGUCGCUUUCACGAAGGCGCACGGGACGAGAUUUCAAAAUCACAAGUACAGGGCAUGCAAGGCCAUGGUGAUUAACUUUUUGCCCCUCUGCUUGUAUUGUGAAAAUAUGAUAGAAACACCAGGCGCGUGCAAGACAGAAACGGUAGCAAAACUCCGUGGAUACCUACGAAAGUUCUUGUCAUACUCCUAUCUCAGCAGUCUUAACUUCUACAUGCAAGUCCUGAGGGUCACAGCUCAAAUGUCAUACGUCCUGCAAACCCCAACGUCACUAAUAACAGACGUCAUUGAAUCGAUUUCAGAGGCAAAAACCAACCUUCGUGAAUUGACGGCAACUGAAGAAGACUUGCCGUUCGAUACGGAAGGGACAGCCGAGAGUGACAGUGUGAAACUAUCGGCCAAAGCAACAAACUUGCCAGCGACGCUUGCCUUCAAGGAAAAACUAAACGAAAAACAAAAGAGACAGGUCGAAAAAUACUGCACUAUUGUGAAACAGGACUACGACAUCAAGUUUGUGCGCCAAGGAAAAGCAAAUGUCCGGAGAGUUAAAGAGACUCUGAUCCCAGCAAUAUCUGAAGCUAUUGAUGCGAGAUUUGCUCCUUUCCUCUCUGAACAAGAAAUCUAUGCAUCUGUUCAAAUAGCUGACCACAGAUGCUGGGACUUCGAAGAAAAGACAUUUGGUCUUGACAAAAUCCAGAAGCUGAGUGAGCAUUUUCAAGAGCCGCUGGGGUAUCAUGAGUACGACAUGAAAAAGGCCCAAUCGGAGUUCAGACAGCUGAAGGCCGUUGUUGCUGCGAAGUACAGAAAAUUCCGCAACCCCUUGCAGCUGUGGAAAACAGUCUUUCAGCAUUAUGUCUCUAAGUAUCCCAACAUCCUACUGCUGAUAGAAUUGUGCCUUUGUUUUGCUUGGAGUUCUGCAACGGUGGAACGCGGUUUCAGUGUUUGCGGCCGGACCUUGACAGAUGCCAGAACGUCCAUGAGCAAGGGUACACUGGAUGACCUGCUUGUACUCAGGAUAAACUUGCCAUCGCUCGAAAAACUGGACAGCGAGUAUGAAACAAGCCUGGUGGAUAGAGCAGUGUCACAGUAUCUGUCAACACCAAGAAGAAAAAGUGGAAAGGCGAAGCAAGUCGCCAAAUCUGGAGGUUCUAGCGAGCCUGGACCAGCCAUAAUGCCCACUCCAUUCUCAUCCAGCCGAAAUCCUCUGUUAGAGGAUGACAGUCAUCUGUAUAUUUCAGAAACUGAUAGUGACGCAGACAGUGUGUCUGAUGAUUCAGAAAUAAGCGAUGUCGAAUCAGUGGAAAUGCCGAUGGAAUUCGAAGAGGAGAUUCUGAGUGAUUAA